GUUUCCUGCUCCAGAAGCCAUUAGCAUUUAACAAAGCAAGGUUUACAGCAACACGAUCCACACAGAGAGAGAAGAGAACUCUCUCUUUGCUUGCCACAAAAUUCAACUGAAUUCCAAGCUUCUGUGUUUGUUUCUGUAAUUGGUGGUUUUCAUGUCGGGUAUGGAGAGGCUUCAAAGAAUGUUCGCGGGUACAGGAGGAGCACUGGGUCACCCUCCACCUGAUUCCCCCACCCUCGAUUCCUCAGAGCAGGUUUACAUCUCCUCACUCGCUCUUCUCAAAAUGCUCAAACAUGGUAGGGCUGGUGUGCCGAUGGAAGUGAUGGGUUUGAUGUUGGGGGAGUUUGUGGAUGAGUACACUGUGCGCGUUGUUGAUGUGUUUGCUAUGCCUCAGAGUGGUACUGGUGUUAGCGUUGAAGCUGUUGAUCAUGUAUUUCAGACUAACAUGCUUGACAUGUUGAAACAGACUGGGAGACCAGAGAUGGUUGUAGGUUGGUAUCAUUCACAUCCUGGAUUUGGCUGUUGGCUUUCUGGAGUGGAUAUUAAUACACAACAGAGUUUUGAGGCUUUAAAUCAACGGGCAGUGGCUGUGGUGGUGGAUCCUAUUCAGAGUGUUAAAGGCAAGGUGGUGAUUGAUGCUUUCCGGCUGAUUAAUCCACAAACUAUGAUGCUCGGUCAGGAACCGCGACAGACAACCUCUAAUCUUGGUCAUCUGAAUAAGCCAUCUAUUCAAGCUCUGAUCCAUGGCUUGAACCGACAUUAUUACUCCAUAGCAAUUAAUUACAGGAAAAAUGAGUUUGAAGAGAAGAUGUUACUUAACCUUCAUAAGAAGAAAUGGACUGAUGGGUUAACACUCAAGCGUUUUGAUUCACAUUCUAAAACUAAUGAACAGACUGUUCAGGAGAUGUUAAGUUUAGCAACAAAGUACAACAAGGCAGUGCAGGAGGAAGAUGAGCUGCCACCAGAGAAACUUGCAAUUGCUAAUGUGGGAAGGCAGGAUGCUAAGAAGCACCUUGAAGAGCAUGUUUCCAAUUUGAUGUCUUCAAACAUUGUUCAGACUUUGGGAAUGAUGCUCGACACUGUUGUGUUCUAGAGAUACUUGCCACCAUCCAAUGUAUUUUCAUGCUUAUAAUGCCUUGGGAUGGUUCAUAGCACUUUUUACUUGUUUGUAACAGAAAUUAUUUUAUCAGUUUCUGCAUAUUUUUAUUUGUGAUUUCAAAAAAUGGAGGAGCGUGUUGCAUGUUACAGGAUGAGAAUUAUACUUUGAGCUCUAUAAAUGUCAAGCACACCCUCAGGACCUGCACUAGAGUUUUUUA